AUGUGUGAUACUCUCGUCAACUCCUGCGGCGCCGAUGCCCUCGCCAAGCAAACCUGCGCGACUGCCAAGGCUGCCGCCGACACCGUGACCGCCAAGACCGGUGGACAGGCCGAUGCCUUCAACGCUGUUUUCGGUAUCCAGACGCAGUUCGCGAGCGUCGCGGUCGUGAGCGAUCAGGGUGUGACCCAGGCCGCCGGUGCGUCUACCGCGGCUGCUGCGUCUACUGCGGCUGCGACGACGAACGUGGCGAUCGCGACGGGCAGCUCGGACGAUAGCUCGUGCGCGCCGCCGCGGACGGUGACGGUGACAGUCUCGUCGGACGCGACCGAGACGGCUACGGCGACUGUGAGCGUGACGUCAAACGUGGCAGUUGCGUCGAGCACAGCUAGUUCGAGCGCAAUCGGCAACUUUGGUUCGUGCAGCGUCCCCCAGAUCAUCUUUGCAGCGGGUCUGGACGGGCGCACCGAGACCGCGUUCGAGCCGAAGGAUCUUAAGUCGUACAACCAUGGCUCUGCGGACAACAUCGCCGUGAUCACGGGCUUCAUGUGCAACACGCUCACGAACUCCUGCGGUGCGGACCAGACCGCGAAGGACACUUGCCAGACCGCUGCUGCUGCUGCCGCCGCUGCUACCCCCGCGCUGAGCGGUGCACAGGCGGACGCGUUCAACGCGGUAUUUGGUAUCCAGACGGCCUUUGCGAGCGUCGCGCAGGUGAGCAACACAGGUGCUACCCUCGGCGCGGCGUCCGCGUCGGCGGCGACUUCGGCGGAUGCCUCGGCCAGUGCGACCUCUGCUGCUGCGACUGGGAGCUCGACCGCCUCCUCCAGCGCCGUUGGCAACUUCGGCUCGUGCUCCGUGCCUCAGAUUAUCUUCGCACAGGGGCUCGAUGGCCGUAAGGAGACCGCGUUUGAGCCGAAGGACUUGACGAGCUACAACCACGGUUCCGCGCAGGCCAUCGAUAUCAUCAGCAAGUUCAUCUGCGACACGCUCACGAACUCGUGCGGCGCGGACGCCACCGCGAAGGCAACUUGCGCGACCGCUUCCACCGCUGCUGACCAGCAGACAGCGAAGACGGGCGCCCAGGCCGACGCGUUCAACGCAGCAUUCGGCAUUCAGACGAACUUCGCCAAUGUCGCCGCUGUGAGCGAUCAGGGUGUCACCCAAGGAGCUGGCGCCGCAUCGACAGCCGCUGCGACCAGCGCGGACGCGACGGCUGCGGCGACUGCCACUACAACGGAUGCCGCUGCGACUACGACUGCCGCCGCUGCGACGACAACCUCCGCUGCUGCUACUGCGAGCUCGACUGCGUCGUCGAGCGGUAUCGGUAACUUCGGUUCUUGCUCUGUCCCGGAGAUCAUCUUCGCCCAAGGUCUGGACGGCCGUAAGGAGACUGCCUUUGAGCCGAAGGACCUGACGAGCUACAACCACGGCUCUGCGCAGGGCAUUGACAUCAUCACGAAGUUCAUCUGCGAUACGCUCACGAACUCUUGUGGCGCUGACGCCACCGCCAAGGCGACCUGUGCGUCUGCUUCUGCUGCUGCAGACCAGCAGACUGCGAAGACCGGCGCCCAGGCCGAUGCGUUCAACGCCGCCUUCGGUGUCCAGACGCAGUUCGCGAGCGUCGCGGUCGUGAGCGACCAGGGGGUCACCCAGGCGAGCGUCGCCGCCCGCGCGCUCGAGACUGGCUUCCUCGCCUAAGCCCUCGCCGUCUUCCCUCCUCUUUCUCCCGUCGGCUGCAUCCCAGGAUAACCCGACUGCGACGUUGACUCAUCGCGGUCGGGCCUGUGCUAUUUAUGCAUUGUGAGUUUGGAUCUGGUUAUAUUCUGGUUGUUACGUACGAUCUGGAAGGUCGGUUGUUGUCUGGUACUCAUUCUUACUGCACUGUACGAUACGCGAGACGAGGCGCGCACGCAUUACACACACUCAUGCACUGUUGUCACUGUAUUGUUACGGAGAUACCCUGCCUACGUACCCAGCCUGUGUCCAUGACUUUCUUGUUCAUUGACGCAUUUGACAAUUGGCAUUCCUUUGCGCGAC